GUGCAAGAGUGUUACUGGUUACAGGCGUGAAAGGAUAUGACUACAUUGGCGGUGAUAUUCAUAAUUUUCUAUUCCACUGCACUCCUCGUUAUUAUGGGGUCACAUGGAUUGUUUCUUCCAAAAAGGAUGACUCCAUAUUUGAGUGCCAGAGAAAAAAUAAUAAUGGAUCCGAAAAAGAGACCAUUUUGCAAUGCUUUUACUGGGUGUGGUCGUAAGCGUUCAAAUCUCCCAGCGUUGACAUCUGACGGCGAAGAAGUCGAAAACUCAAUUAACAGCUUAUUAGAACUGAGUGCGGAGCCUGCCGUAGAAGAUCUUUCCCGGCAAAUAAUGUCGGAAGCGAAAUUAUGGGAAGCAAUACAGGAAGCCAAUAUCGAGCUGAAUCGACACAGACAUCAGCAGGCACUAGACAAGGGCGAGGAAGAUGUUGCCAUUUUAGAUCGAAGCGCCACUGCAAGCUGUGCUUUACCACCCUGUUAUACUUAAAACGAUUAAUAGUAAUUGAAAAUAUUAUAAAUAAAAUAUAGAUUUAUUGAAUAUAAUCGCCAAUCAGAAUUAAAAUCAACUUAUAUUUAUAGGUAGUAAAAUAAAACCACAUUUAUGUUAAAAGAAAUAAAUAAUGAGGAAUAUGAUUUUAACAAGAAAAUCCUUCGGGAGUAUAACCUGUGCAGUUGUUGCUUCUGGCUCCAUACAAUCGAACUCCUUCCCACGUCCAAUCGAAACAUCCCUCAUCAGCACAAAGAAUAUAAACAGGAAUCGCGCCAUUUUGAACAUUUCCAAAAAUAUUUAUAAAAUUUAGGUCAUAAAUUUUCACGCUGUUUUCUGGAGGGUCAUCCAUAGAGUGUCCUGGUGAUAAGUUUUUGUAAUUUUGGUGAAUUCUUACUCCAUAGCUUUUAC